GAGAUUUCUUCCCACUUUGGCGAUGCACUUACCUUUCUCCAUAAGGUUGUGGCGCACUACACUCCGCCAGGCCGUACUUUUGGAUCGCUGACCUCUGAUGUGACAACGCCGCCUGCCUCAACGGCCUUUCCUUCGUCUUCUCCAGGCCCCUCCUCGAUGCUCUCAUCAACUCUGUCGUCGACAACCUGGCCAGAAUCAUCCAUGUCUUUUAUCGAUUUUCCCGCAACAGACGAAAUACAAGAGCCUUCGCCUUGCGGUCUAGAGGAUAAAUCUUCCAGUGACCACACUGGCUGCGCAAUCGACAUACCCGCAGCAGAAAAGAACACGACAAAGACACCUCAAGACUCUCGCGUACCGGCAUCAAGAAAGGACAAGGAUUAUGAUCAGUCAACGGUUUUUUCUGAGCAGAUGAAGGUCGCGACAACGUCUCAUGAACAAGUGAAUACGUUCCUCACGACCGAAGCAGAAGCAGUUGCCGUCCCACGCAAAAAACUGAAGAACCGACCGAAGACGAGAGAUCAGAAUGUUGAAAAGGUGUGGCGUUCAUGGUGUAUCGGUGGCUCGUUUCAGCCGUGCCCACGAAGGGAGCAGGCUCGAGCGAAGACGCGAAAAGCAGACUCCAUUCCACCUCAAGGAGCGAUGAAACAAAAAUUUUUAGUAGCUAACGCUCGCCAGACGGCUCUACGUCCUGACCUCUUUGUGACCAAGCGGGAAGCAGACCACACCACCAUCCCGAGUUCGUCGCAUCAGCUACAAGAACCUAACCGAGUACCUACCCCAGUUGAAGAACCAAAGCAACAACUACAGACGAGUUCUUUUACUCGCGAUAACUACAGUCCUGCAAAUACAAAAGUAGAUGAGCAAGCAGCCUUCGUACCGAACACAACGAGCCCGCCUCUUGACGCACCGGAAGCUUCAUCACCUACCAUAGAUCGACAGAGGAUGGAAGACGCGGCCAAGUAUCCGGGUAUUCUCGUGCAUUGCUAUAUGGGAAUCAACCGGUCCACAGCGAUCCUAAGUGCGCUACUCAUUCGCCUCUUGCGCUCGAACGCUAUGACGAUUGUCGAAAAGAUUGCGCGUCGUCGCCCGGUCGGCAUCUUGAGUAAUCUUGCUUUUUUACGUGCAGUGCAGGACUUUUCUGAGGCAGAACAGCAAGCAGCACAAGAAAAGCCGCAUAGACCCUACCUGCCUACAGAAUACUUCGAUGAGCGCGAGCGGAAAUUUGUGCAUAGACGCGACACCUACGUCGAGAUUUCACCGGUAAGAAUGUCGAACAGUGAUGUCAGUCCUUCACCCGGAAGGAUCAUCAAUACUCCUGUCAGCGAACGCGCUUCUGAAAAGGGUUCAUCCUCUUGCCGUGUGAAAAGAAAUAAGAGCCGAGCUAGCUCUUUUCAUUAUGAAUUUCCCUAG